ACUGUCAACAUACUGUGACUGAAUGACAAAUGUCAUUGUCAACAAUGCUCUCUCUCUCUCUCUCUUCAAUUGCAUUGACUUUUGUUGCUCAUCAAUAAGUAUUCGGAGCGUAGUGGUAUUCCGAUUGUGUAUUAAAAGCAAGGAAAAUUCCUACAAAUUUUUAUCACUGAUUGAAUUCUUUCGGAAAAACCAACAAUUACACAGGUGGUUUGAAACGCGCCUGAAUCACAAUGUCAAUGUUCAGUGGUUUUGUGUCAACCUUGCGGCAAUUCGUUGUCAAAACACCACAGAUACAGCCAGUUCGAUAUCGGUAUUAUGCCGAAAAGAAACCAUUUAUCCGGCGUUAUGGAUAUGAAGAUAAUUUGGGUCGCAGUGGCUUAUUACCUCACUAUGGAGACAAGCGGAUUAUGUCAUUCCCUCAAUACAAACCAAAAAAUUCAUGGAAUGAGAAACGAUCCUUGUUCGGUCAAAAUGACUACAUUGAUAUUUUAGGCAAUGACAACUUGCAUCCAUCUCGCGUUCUGUAUAAUCUGCCAGCGUGGAUCCGUGGUGCCCAAGGCGAUGAAUACAAGAUGCUGUUACGUAAACGACGUGUGUUUAGUCAAUCGCUGUUCCCAAUUGCUCGGCCGUCCAAGUGGCGAGAUCUCAACAAACGCAUUAAAUACCUGUACAAAUUCUUGAAUCAAAAGACGAAAACACCAAUGGGUAAAGAUUAAGCGUUUUGUUGAUCAAAAGAAACCGUUUUUUAUUAGCAUUUUGAAACCAAUAAAAUCGAAAACUGUUUUCUCGAGCAAAA